AUCUCUUGAAGAGUUAAACGUUACUUGCGCAAUCAAACCUAUUCUUCGACAGUCAUCAUGAAGUAUCUCGCUGCUUAUCUUCUUCUCGCUUCCGGUGGUAAGGCUUCCCCCACCGCCAAGGACAUCACCACCCUUUUGGGUUCCGUCGGUGUCGAGGCCGAGCAGGAGCGUGUCGCUUCCUUGAUCAAGUCUCUCGAGGGCAAGUCCGUUGACGAGCUCAUUGCCGAGGGUAAGGAGAAGAUCGCUUCCGUCCCUACUGGUGGUGUUGCCGCCCCCGCCGCCGGUGCUUCCGGUGCUGCCCAGGAAGAUGCCAAGGUUGAAGCUGCCGUUGAGGAGAAGGAGGAGUCCGAUGACGAUAUGGGCUUUGGUCUCUUUGAUUAAACGUAGCUUAAAUCAAAUUAAAUUCCUUCCUUCUAAUCUCUUCUUGAUUAAAAUAUUGGAAUCUACC